AUGAGGAUUUACACGGAGAGAUGUAGGUGGGAGGCAUGCACGGAUAAUGGCGGCAGCAGUCGAGGUGCCUCUUCUUUGUGUGUUGCCUUCCAUGUCUUUCUAUCCAUAGCGAUAGCAUUUGCUUUGUGGAUGGCUCUCCUUGCAGUGCAAUCGCGAGGCUCCCCCCAUGGCGUGUCCAUGGCGUUGUACACAGUACACCAGCACAAAGAGCAUCCCCGGACACUACUUCAUCUACUAGGAGACGGUGGGCGCCGGCGCCGGCUGGACGGUGGACAAGGAGACCAUCGACGAUCGACGCUUGAGAUGGAUGAGGGACUGAAUGCGGUGUGCAUGCAUGGUAGAGUGGCGGACGGCUCCAUCGGGCUGCUCGAGAUCCGCAUCAUCCCGCCCGGCACGUCCGAGGAGCUGAUGGACUACGCUAUCUCUCAUGGCGCCUCCAUCAACCAAUACAAGGUGCCCUGGUGCUUGACGUUCCCGCCGAUCAUCGAGCUGCGCAUGCUCCACUCGCGCGUGGUGUCUAUCCAGUUUAGCCCUGCCGUGCGGCACUGGACCCCUACUCCCACCCGGCGCACGAAGUACGACGUUUCCACCUAA